AUGGCUACCGCCACCAUCCAACCGUACGAGCUGUACAGCGAUGCUCCUGGCUUCUUGUUGAAUAAGCCAGAAUGGGAAGAAGCAAACGCCGCACAUCCCGGGACAUUUGACUUUGGAAAACCGCCUCAAGGCUGGCCAACCCAGUUCACUGGACCUGAUGUUUGGACUGGUGAUUAUCUUGAGAAGAACCCGGACUUGUACAUCAAGAUUCUCAGUCAUGGCGAAAUCAGUGAGAUUGAUAGCGCAAUCAAGGCAAGUCUCGUGGCAUCAAUUCUUGGAUCGGAGACCGUCGGCUCAAUCAGGGGGCCGGUCGAGGAGUUUGCCAUAUCAAAGUCUGUAGGCCUGCUCCCGUUCAGACCUCAUACACUAACCAAUUAUUUUCAGAGCAUUACACACCUCGAUCCCUCCCAACGCGGCAAAAUCUAUGUUUCCGCCCAAGACACGAAUGCUCAGAUGUAUCAUAGCGAUGCUGGUGGUGAUAUUGUUGGUUUGAUGGCGGUCAGUCUUACUGGCACAGGGGGCAUCUCCACCGUGGCCAGCGCAGGCCAAGUAUACAAUCAUCUUGUUCAACAUCGUCCCGAUAUUGCACGGUUACUGGCAGAGAGGAAGUUCCGUUGGCGAGCAAAUGGGAUUCCAGAGGAUGGAGUUCGCCUGAUUCACAAUCAGGAUAAUAAAGUGUUUUUGAACUUUUCCACACGCACCUUCAUUGGCUAUGGAGAACUGCCUGAUCGAGACCGUGACUAUCCACCUCUCACCUUUGAGGAGAGAGAAGCGUUUGGAGGAUGGCAGUGGGUUGCUGAACAGUAUAGCCUAAAGACACAACUCGAGGUUGGUGAUAUCGAAUGGGUCAACAACCUGCAUCAUCAACAUGCUCGCCGUGGCUUUACUGAAGACGUUUUGAACCCCCGACAUCUUCUGCGUGUCUGGCUGACCGAUAGUGAGCACAGCCCGCGACUUCCAGCUGAUAUCCAAAACAAAUUUGAUGCCAUGUUCGAAUCCGAACCUGACUUCUACCCAUUGGACGAGAUCGAAGAGGAUCAGAAGCGUCGUGAAACUGGGGUCUUUACGGGGUCGUGCAAGGAUGACCUGGCUGCAGAGCGCCUUGAAAAUGGAGGAAUUGUAGGCACCAAUCAAAAGGUAGCCAGGUGA